GCACACAUUGCCCGGUCACGGUCUCCAUCCCGAGUGCAGGCAGCACUGACAUUAGCUCGACUACUGAAAGAAGCACCCUUGGAACAAGCUAGCUCGGGCUUCGCAUGCGGUAAAUGUGCCCUGUAUCUCGACCGCAUUGACAACAUUGUUCGUCAUGGCUGGAAGUGCGGGUGAGUGGUGUCUCAUGGAGAGUGACCCCGGGGUGUUCACGGAGCUGAUCAAGGGGUUCGGUUGCAAAGGUGCACAGGUCGAAGAGAUAUGGAGUAUGGAUCCAGAGAACUUUGACAACUUGAAGCCUGUCCAUGGAUUGAUCUUCCUCUUCAAGUGGCAAGCGGGUGAAGAGCCAGCAGGAUCCAUUGUACAGGAUUCAAGACUCGACCACAUCUUCUUUGCCAAACAGGUCAUCAACAACGCUUGCGCUACCCAGGCCAUCGUCAGCGUUCUGCUCAACUGCUCCCAUUCCGACAUGCUGCUUGGAGACACGCUAACCGAGUUCAGAGAGUUUUCACACAGCUUUGAUGCUGCAAUGAAAGGUUUGGCUCUGAGCAACUCGGAAGUUAUCCGACAAGUUCACAACGGCUUUGCCAGGCAGCAAAUGUUUGAGUUUGAUGCAAAGUCGUCCGCAAAAGAUGAAGACGCCUUUCACUUUGUGAGUUACGUUCCCGUAAACGGUCGACUUUACGAGCUGGAUGGACUUCGAGAAGGACCAAUUGACCUCGGUGCCUGCAACCAGGAUGACUGGAUCAGCGCUGUCCGUCCGGUCAUUGAGAAAAGAAUACAAAAGUACAGCGAGGGAGAAAUUCGUUUCAAUCUAAUGGCCAUCGUGUCCGACCGGAAAAUGAUAUACGAGCGGAAGAUCGCCGAGCUUCAGACUCAGCUGACUGAGGAUGAGCCGAUGGACACGGACCAGAGCGGCACAUUUCUGAGCUCCAUUCAGUCGGAGAUUGCAAAGUACCACCUACUUAUCGAGGAAGAAAAUCAGAAACUUAAAAGAUAUAAGGUUGAAAACAUUCGACGGAAGCACAACUAUCUUCCCUUCAUUAUGGAAUUAUUGAAGACGUUGGCUGAGCACCAGCAGUUAAUCACUUUGGUGGAGAAGGCAAAGGAGAAACAGAGUGCCAAAAAAGCCCAGGAAGCCAAGUAAUCGUAGUCAUCGUCACACUUGAGAAGCCACACACACACGCACUCACGCACACACACACACACACACACGCAGUCCUGAUUUUGCCCGUGAGCCACAUCCAGAUUGUGCACAUCUGCCAGAUUCACGUCCAUGGCCGUCGGGUGUCCUGCAAGCACGUCCUUCCUGCUCUUUGUGUGCAUCCAGACUUGUGAAAUGCAUUGCAGGUGUAGCAGACGACACUCUUUGUGUGUUCUUCAGAUGAUGUGCAUGAUUGAAGGAAAAACAUGCUCAAAUUGUCUUAUUUUCAUAAUAAAAGUGUCACGUUUGUAAA